UCUGUUUCCUUUUAUCUUUGGACUGCAGUGGUGGAGAGCCGAGGAGGGAUCAUGGACAGCAUACAGAGAUUUUCAAACCUGCCAACGUAUCUCCCUGCGAGCUAUCACAUCUGCAAUGCUGAUAUUUUCUUCUUCCUCAAAGAAGCCAACCAGGAUAUCAUGAGGAACUCCAGUUUGCAGUCUAGGGUGGAUUCAUUCUUUAUAUACAAAGCCAAACUGCCACCUGUCCUAAACGCCACGUAUGGACCCUUUUCUGUUGAACAGGCUGUUCCCUUGGACCUCAUGCUGACUUCUGCAUCUUUUGGUUUCACAGAUAAAUUCACUUUUAAUUGGAAAUUAAAAUCUCACAUAAUCGACAGCUCAAUCUAUUCCAACAAACCUAAAAUACAAACCUUGUUCUAUAUUGCGGGGAAGGACUGGGAUGACUCUAAUUCUGCGGAGAGCUUGCCUUGUGUGAAGAUGUUUGCUUUUCUGGAGUCUAGAGAAGUUGUGGCCAGCUGUAGAUUGACAGGUCAUCUAGGAUUAUGUGUUGCGGAGCUGGAACUAUCUCCUAGCUGGUUCAGCUCCCCUCCACCCCGGGUUUCAGAGGAAACAGCCUCCAUGGAAGGGAUUACUGUGGAGCUCUUCUAUAAGAUUUAUACAGCAGAUGGGGAAUGUUCUCCAGAGGAUGCAAAGUGGGAAAACAAUAUCCAUGCAGGUCAAGAUAAUGAACAUCAGGCUUUGUCAGCUAUGGAGAGGAUUGGUAGCAUCAUUGUUUACCCAAAUCAAGACCAAUUAAAACAGUCUUCACUGAGGCUAGAUGAAAAUAUCGUUAUUCGCUUACCACUCAACCCGGUCAGAGAAGGUGAUGUUGUGACCUUCCAUAUUUCCCUGGCUGAUGACUCUCUAGCAGACCAGUUUGUAUUAAGAAUUAGGACAGCCCCAGGUGUGAAGAUCGUGGACAUCAGGGUCAGCGAUGCAGACCAGUGGGGGGUUCAAGAAGAGACGGACAGCGCGGGGACCACUGCCACGGUCACGUGUGUGCACAACGACCCCACCGCGGAGAACAGAGUGAACAUGUCCUCCUAUGAGAUCCUGCAGAUGGACUUUGAGAUCGACAACACUAGCAGCCUGGCAGGGGCCCAGCAAAUUACCUGGCAGGUGGAAUACCCUCGAGAUGACUCCCUGAGCGAACUGGUGGUCUCCGAGAUCUUUGUCAGCCGAACAAUGUUUGUGGGAAUCGUUCCUCUUGCGAUGGACACGGAAGUCCUCAACACGGCCAUUCUGACAGGCAAAACAGUGUCUGUUCCAGUCAAGGUUGUUGCUGUGCAGGAGGAUGGGUCUGUGGUCGAUGUUUCAGACUCCAUCGAGUGCAAAUCAGCGGAUGAAGACGUCAUAAAG